AAACACGAGACUAAACAUCGCAUGAACGGACUGUCAGAAAUUAUUGAACGAAAAAGAAAUAGGAAAAAAUACAACUCCCACAUUCUGAACCUAAUUCGGCCGAAUUGUGACUGGACAUUGAAUUCUGGUGCUCUAAUUACAACCAAAAACUAUAAUCAUGACUCAAAUAUCACCAGUUGAUUUGGAGCUGAAACGAGCAUUUACCGAGAUGCAGGUCAACAAAAUUGAAACAACAAAGAAACUCAAAAUGCUCGAUUUACAAAUGGAUGUGUUGAAAACGUCCAAGAAGAAAUACGCUAUCACCUCCACGGAAGUCACAGAAUUGACUCCAGAUGCCAGCGUCUUCUCAUCCGUUGGUCGAAUGUUCGUGCUGUCUACAGUUCCAGACAUAUGCCAAGAACUGAAAACUAAAGAGGAGAAAUGUGAGAGCCUGGUCUCGCAGCUCGAUGAAAAGAAAUUGUUUCUGAUCAAAUGUUUGAAGGAGCAGGAGGACAAUUUGCGCGAAUUAGUUCAACAGCGGAAGGAGGCCGACCCAAAGUAGUCUCGAAUCAAAAAUCACAAAUUUCUUUUGUACGUUCGCAUUCGAAUUAAUAAAUUUUAUUUUCACCAUCA